AAGACGAUUAAAGGAGAUUAUCUAAGAGUCUGAUCGGUCACAUUGAUUAUACGUCGCAAAAGCCUCAAUUACGCUAUCUAAAGCGCUCGAUAUACACCUGUACGUUCCUGCAUUUACUCUGUAUUACUCGACAGACGUUUGUCCUGCUUAGCGGGAAUUUCAGCGGUUUAGUUGGUCUCUUCGGACUAUCGUGCUCUAAACCCUCAACCAAUUUUCCAGCAGUGACGAAAUGAGAUUAACGCUCUGUUCGGUAUGCUCGAUGCUUUUUAUUCUUCUUGGCACUUCAGCAGAGAUUCGCGUCAACGUUGACGUUUUCGUCGACGUCAUACUGGGCGUUCGGAAAUUUUAUUCUGCUGCGUCCGUUUUAUUUGCCCAUCCUGGUGACAAGUGCGGAAAUUACGGUGAUUUGCAAAUCACGCAUUUGAUACACGCGAGCUCUCGCUUGCUGGCCCGACACUACAUAAUGACUGCGGACUUGCGCUUCAAUAAAUUACGGAUGUCACUCAGGUACUACCGUCAAAUAGUCCAGCCCGUCACCGUCGUUAUUCUGCCCGACUUCGAGGCCUACCUAGAAUUCGCCGAGGCCACUAAGACCUAUCCCAUGUCCUUUCCGGUGUGGUUCAUGUUAUUUCUCUACACCCCGGACAACAGCACCCACGACCACUGUCACAAGCCGAUCGGUAAUCCCUUCAAUUUGGCGUUCGACACGCAGAUGCUGGUGUUGUGUCACAAUGAUGCAAUCCUACGGGAAUGGUACUCUGUCAAGGGCGAAACCGUAAAAAUCUUUGACCUGGCGGAAUGGAGAGGCGACGAGGGAUUCAUUCCUCUGACGAAUCUGUCCCUCUACGAUCGGAGGAAAGACAUGGAAGGAAUUGUUCUACGAGCGGUCUCGGUCAAGGAUUUGUCGAUUUCGACGAAGUUUGGUCGGAAUUACGUGGCUACUAUGUAUGGAAAAGUAUUGGAGGAGCUUACGUGCUCUCUUAACUUCACCUUGAAGAUUGUUACGGAACUGAAUGAGCAUGGUCUGUGGAAUAAGGAGAAUCGCAGCUGGUCUGGAGUGAUGGGCGAGAUCGUAUCGGGUCGUGCGGAUCUCGGUAUAGCCGAUAUGUCGAUGACGAGUUUUCGGGUACGCUUCGUCGAUUUCACGCUGCCAUUGAUCAUAUCUAGAAACACUCUGUACAUCAAGCAGCCGGGAAUAUGUGGUGUCAAGUGGCUCGGUUAUUUUCAGACUUUUAAUUUGUGCACCUGGGCUACGAUUAUCACCCUGAUAGCAAUCGCGCCGCUUCUUUUAACUUUCAUGAAAAUGUAUCGUGAAUCUCGGAGCACCGAUCUGAUGGAUCUGAUCUCUGAGAAUUUCAUCUGCAUUUGGGGUAUCUUCUGCCAGCAGGCGCUUAUAGAGUUUCCGAAACGUACGUCACUGCGCGUUGCGUAUUUUACGAUAUUCUUGACGGCGGUGCUGAUAACUGCUCACUAUUCGGCGGCGUUGGUUUGUUUCCUAACGGCGUGCAUUCGUGUCCUGCCUUUUCAGACGCUGGAGGAAUUCGUCGACGAUGGUAGAUAUAAAUUAAUCGUUCCACGCGGCAGUUCUGACUACGACAUAAUCUCCACAAAAUACGAGGCGUCGACGAAACUUUUCUCAGUAAAAUUGAUGAAAUUGAUGAAGGACGAAUCGGAACUGCCGACAAAUUUAAUCGAUGGCUUUAUUCAAGUAUGUACAGAGAGAAAGGUUGCUUAUAUGGUGCUGGGCGCUUUGAAAAAAAGUGUAGAAAUGGAGAUACCAUGCAAAUUGUCGAGCAUCCACACCGAGAGAAUGGACAAUUUAGGAAUGAUUCUGUCUAAACGCAACCCGUACACGGACGUGAUAAAUUAUCAUUUACAGAAAUUUUUUAUCAACGGUAUGAUGAUGCGUCUGAAGGAUACGAGAUUUUUGUCGCGAUCAAUUGAAAGCAAGACUUACGAGCCGGUCCGUUUGGUUAACGUCAUCCCAAUUUUGGCAAUUCUUGGUGGAGGUAUUAUUAUAAGUAUCGCGGUGCUGAUUAUAGAAAAUAUUCAUUAUCGAUCGAAAAAAAAGGCACAGAAAGUCUUCUAUCCUUCCAGAAAAAUAUUUAUUACAAAAUAUAAUUAUUGAGAUAAAACUUACAAUUUAAUUUAACUUUAAUUGAACUGUUGAUUAAAGUGACUUAUUCGUGCGUGCGUGUGUGUAUGUGUAUAU